UCUGUCUCACCGAGCCGCUUCGUCUUUCUUCCUUCACUUGCCCUGCCCUCCCGCCGCCGCCGCCGUUUACUAGGGUUUAACUAGGGUUCUUGCCGCCAGCCUACGCCGUGAUGGAGGCGCUCCGGGAGGCGGUGGCGAAUCUCACGGUGUACGUGCACCCCUCCAACGCCGCCGACGUCCGCCGCGCCGUCGCCCGCCAGCUCAGCGCGCUCCUCUUCUCGUACGAAGAUCGCUUUGAUGGCGUGUUGCUGGCUCAUGAAGUUAGCGUCGAGGGUGGGAAAGCCAAAAUCCUGAAUGGCUUGGUGCCGUACUUUGGCGUCCCAGUGCAUGCGAACCUGCUGCUCUUCUCUCCCCAACCAGACAUGAUCCUGGAAGGGAAGGUUGAAAUGCUUGGGAAGGAAUCAAUCCAUGCCAUUGUAUUGGGGGUUUUCUCAGCAGCCAUUAUGUCAGACGAUAUCCAUGAAAAGUUCAAAUUCAAAAGAAAAGGUGAUGGAGGAAAAUUUGUAAGCCGGUCAGACAAACAGCAUGUGAUCAAAAGAGGAAGCAUGAUAAGGUUUUCUGUCAAGAGGGUGGAUACAGAAAUGAAUUGUCAUAUAACUGGAUCUUUAAUCCCACCUCACACUGGAUCCAUGCUUUGGUUAUCAGUACACGAUGCAGAAUAUGCAUCAGAAAUCAACAGUGGCAAAAGGAGGUCGAGGGAUAUCAACAUCAAAUUUGAGCAGAAUGAACAAGAACACAGAGCACUCAACGAUGAAGAUAGUGUGGUGAAAUCUGAACGGCCACACAAGUCCCGAAAGAGGAAUUUUGAGGAACGAUAAUUUUAUUUCUGGGUUGUGAACCAGUUUGUUGGAAUAGAAGCAUGUUUAGUGGAUAGUUUGGUGUGAAUUAAGCAAACGGCAAUGAAGGCCAGCGGCUUGUUUGUGGAAAUCAUGUUUGGCUCAAUGCUUCUGCUGUCUGUGGAUUCUUAUUGGAGAGAAGAUGCUGCUCCAGUUCGAGAAGUGGUGCUUUUGCCUGGUUCAGAACUUGCUUCCUUGGUUGGUUUAGAGUCUAUGUCAGGAGAAACACCCUCCUUUUCGAUGCAACAUCAAUUGUACUAUGAUGUAAAACAAAUCACAGAUUGCAUUUCUAAUGGAUCACUUUCUACCAAAUGGGUGCUGAUCUCAUCCAAGAAACCAAUAUGUUUAAUGGCAAAUCUCAUGUUUUAAUUCUA